AUGGGCUUCGCAGAUGGUUAUGACAGCAUUAUCGGGAGAACUGGCACAUCCAGCGGCCAGGAGCAACGUAUCGCCAUUGCUCGAGUUUUUCUUAGGAGUGCACCGAUUAUUUUGCUCGAUAAAUUUACCAGUAAUAUUGAUUUGAUAACGGAGACGAAGCUUGUUGCCUCACUGGAACGCUGA